AUGCGUGCAAUAACUCCACUAAUCAGUGGAUGUGACAUUUUUGAAGAUAUGAAAUUGAGUCCAUUUCACAGCAUGCACGUUUCCCGUGACGCCCAUAUGACGCCGUUUUAUGACUGGAGGCUUCCAUUAAGCUUUUCACCAAAUUUCUCUCCGCUUGAAGAGGCAAGAGAAGCCCGCCGAGGUGCGUUGAUCUUCGAUAUUUCACAUAUGAACAGAAUCUCAAUCACAGGAAGGUCUGCAAUUGCUCUGGUAUCAAAAAUUACAAGAUCCAAUGUUGAGAUGAAGGAUUUUUUUAGAUACUCUCUGAUUUUAAGUGACCAUUGCUUCAUCAUCGACGAUGCAAUGAUUCAUGCCAGCCACAAACAAGUUCUGCUUGUCUGCAAUGCCUCGCAAAAGCAGAGCGUCCAUGCAAGGAUACAAGAGACAAUUUCGCAGUUGGCAUUGCAGAAUGAGUCCAUACAAUGGAAGGAGCACACAACACCUUCAAUAGCCAUCCAGGGUAAAAAAUUCGCACUCACAAAAGGUCCAAAGGCAAAAGAAAUUCUGCAAGAUCUUGUUCAAAAUAGUGAGAACAUCUACUUUGGCCAAAUUGCGCCGAUUCCCGGUGUUGGGACACUUGCGAGGACUGGAUAUUCGGGAGAAGACGGCUUUGAGGGAGUUUCCUUUUGUGAACACGCCAUUGGCAAAUACCAGUUCCUAAAAUGGGCUGGACUCGGAGCAAGAAAUAUCCUUCGAUUAGAGGCGGGGCUACCGCUCUCUGGAGUGGAUUUUUCUUCCAAUCGACGCGGAUCGUUGGCGGAAUUCGUUACUCCAAAGCGAGCUGGUCUCUCCUGGGCCGUUAGUGAAAUGUCAAGUGUCGAACUAGACGACCCGUAUAAGAGAACAGGGUUCAUUUUGGAUUCGGUAAUUCCGGCAAAGGAAGGUGCCCCCAUCAACGAGCUGACGGGUCACAAAGUGGGCGAAAUUACCUCAAGCUGUCCAUCUCCAACAUUGGGAAAGACAAUAGCGAUGGGAUAUCUUCACGUUUCUGCAAAAGGCCCGUUCGUGGUGCCUGUGGGCGCCUCUUUUUCUGCGCACGCGACAAAAGUCACGCUACCGUUUAUACCGCACUCCUUUUAUCGGAAAUCACCUGCAUCAUGA